GAAUUUUGUGAUGGACAGGAAUAAGAGAGAACAUGGGGAUGAACUCAACACAGCAUGCUACAGAGAAGACCAAGACCCAUGCGAGGAAGACAGCGAGGAGGAAGACCUGUACACUGCUGUGCAACUGGAGGAAUCUGUGUAUGAUUUCAUACUGGGGGAGGAGGAGGAGAAGGAGAAAAGGAAACGUUGCAGGUCCUUCAUCAUGAACAGGCCACCAGCCCCCGCCCCUCGUCCCACGUGUUCCCUGGUCAGAGAGGAGAACACGCCCUAUAUAGUACAAGUGUUCCAGCAAAAGGCCACUCGAGUGACCAGUGACAACAACAGGACAUACUGCGCUGCCGAGAAGCCCGCACACAGAGGCCACACUGACAGAGCAACUUACAGCAUCAUGAAACACAACAUGCCUGCUGAACAGGAAGAACUCAUCCACUUGCAGGAACAGGUGAAAAAGGGGGCAACUUCUGUGGAUGAAGCCCUGGACAGAUUUAAACGGUGGCAGAAGGAAAAAGAGAGACUACAGUCCACUCAACAAGAAAAAGUGCAUCACCCUAGAGACACCACUAUUGGAAACAGACAAGAAAAUGAAAAUCUGAAUGUCUUCAACUAGGAGCCCAACAGGCAAGAAGGAACAUAUGCCUAAUUAAUGGAGUGCAACUCUUCAGCCAGCUGCACAGCAGUUUCAUCUGCUUGGUAUCCCACACAUCUUCCAGCUGUGCCCUGACAGCCUCAGUCUCCAGCCCCUCCUGCUGUGACACGGCGGUGUGAUCAUCGCUGCACUUCAAGCGCCUUGGAAUCUCUCGCCUGGGCCAACUCUAGAAGAAGACCAGUAUCGCUAAAGCAAAAUUAGUAAGAUUUCUUGUAAAGACAGCACUGAUUUUCACCUCUUUUCUUUGCAUUUUUCUUCCCCCCCUCCCCAAGAUGA